GGGAAGGGGGGGAAGGGGGAGAGGAAGAGCUCAGAUUCUUCAGUUAACUGUCAUCUACUCCCCCACCCAUCCCACCAGAGUCAUACACUGAACCUCAGAGAUUGGGGUGACCUCCCUCCGUAGCUGGCUCCCUACAGAGUGAUCAGGGCCAGUAUCACCACCAACAGGACAAAUGGAUUCUUGGUCAAGAAGAAUCUCCCCUUGAUGAAUCCUACUUCUACUGCUGGAAGGGCUGGACAAGUUGUGCAGAACUAUUGUCAUGGCGGGGACUUCAAAGCGUUCCACAUCUCCCCAUGCCUCACGAUCUUCCAGCCCUAAGGCUUCCCCCUGUGAGAUGUUUGGCUAUGUGGGGAUUGAGGCUGUGCUGGACCAGCUGAAGAUCAAAGCCAUGAAAACUGGUUUUGAAUUCAACAUCAUGGUUGUUGGGAGGAGUGGAUUGGGUAAGUCCACAAUGGUAAACACUUUGUUCAAGUCCAAGGUGUGGAAAUCAUCACCAGUGAACAAGUUGGGGCCUUUACCUCAAACCUUACAACUGCAGUCUGUUACCCAUACAAUUGAGGAGAAGGGGGUGAAACUGAAGCUGACAGUGACAGACACACCUGGAUUUGGGGACCAGAUCAACAAUGACAAGUGUUGGGACCCCAUCCUGAACUAUAUCAAUGAUCAAUAUGAGCGCUACCUGCAGGAAGAGGUUCUCAUCACUCGGCAGCACCACAUCCCUGACACACGGGUGCACAUCUGUGUGUACUUUGUGCCUCCCACAGGGCACUGUCUUCGGCCCCUAGACAUAGAGUUUCUGAAGCGUCUGUGUCGGGUGGUGAAUGUUGUUCCUGUUAUUGCCCGGGCAGAUAGCCUCACCUUAGAAGAGAGGGAAUCUUUCAGGUGGCAGAUUCAGGAGGAUCUGAAGAACAAUGGCAUCUAUGUUUACCCCCAGAAGUGCUUUGAUGAAGACUCAAAUGACAAAACUUUGAAUGACAAGAUCAGGGAGAAGAUCCCCUUUGCUGUGGUUGGAGCAGACCGAGAGCACUUGGUUAAUGGGAAGUGUGUCCUUGGCCGGAAGACAAAAUGGGGAAUCAUUGAAGUGGAGAACAUGGCUCAUUGUGAAUUCCCUCUACUGAGAGACCUGCUCAUACGCCUUCUUUCUCAAGUUCCCAUAUGCAGGACCUCAAAGACAUCACCCAUAAUGUUCACUAUGAAAAUUAUCGAGUGCACAGAUUAAAUGAGAGCCACCUAUUGACAAAGGGGGCUGGAUGGGUGACCUUGAGCCCACCGACCAGAAGGAAUACAGGCGGAUCCUCUCGAGGCCAGCGCUGGAACCGAGAUGAGUCAGAAAAUGCCUGCUGAAUGCUAAAUAGGAAUCUUUCAAAUCUCAUACCCAAGACCCUCCGACCUUCCAUGAAUUCUCUCCACAUUUUCCCCUUUGCCAUGAGCAGAUAAAUAUGGGCUCUCCAAAGACUCCAAGCCCUGGUACCACUCAUUCCAAUCAUCCUUCUUAUACCUUUGUGUUAGUUCUGGGAGCAUUAAGUUAGAAAUUUCGCCUUUGAAAAGUUGUACUUUGUAAAUUGCUUCAUUUUUUGCGCUUCGAUUAAUUUUUAUGAAUAAAAAUGUAACUUUUAAA